UCUUUUUUGAAGAUCUUGCGGCUCGUGGCUGCCUGUUGAGGUGCUUUUGAAUAUCACCUACUUCGUUUUGCUGAAAUUAUUUGAAUGAAUACGAGCGAGCCCUCAACGACCGUCGGCGUCACGCUACUAUAAUCAAUCGGUUGGACUUACUUGUUGCGUUUCUGUGACGCAGUAUUGAAAAAGGUACGACUUCCGAUGACUGCUGUUUUACAAUCGCAUCCGGUUGCGGCGUACGCGGCAGCGCGUUGGGAGUCCGCCUCUUCGAAUAGCCGCGCCAAGCGGGAAGGCGGGGUGUCGACCUCUUCAUCUGUGUCCGUCGCGUGUGGUGCAUCGGAGAGACAUGCAACGCACGAGCGGAGAUUCGCGGCAAGUCAUGAAGCUGCUCUCUCCACGUCACUGAAAGACGGUGAACGGAGAACGAUUCCGCGCCGUGACUGCAGUAUGCACGCAGAGGACUCCGCGGAAUCUUGGCCGAGCCAAAGAAGAAACAGGAUACGACCUGCUUCAGCUAAUUUCGCGAAUAGCUACCAACUUCUGCGUCAUCGAGCAAAGAGUUCUGAAGAAACGCAAGUACGAAAACGAACGUCCAGACCACGAUUCCCAGCAAUCAUGACACCACAUUGUAGUCAAGAUCUGCACUGCAGAAAAACAACGCCGGACUGCGACGCCAGAAAAAUGUGGCCUUGGCUUCGACAGUGCACGGCCUUGAGAAGGAAUCACGCAAAAUCCGAGCGUCGCAACCUCUUUGCUUUUCAGCAAAGUGAUGCCACGCCGGCAGUGUCAAAGCGUCUAGAAGAUGGUGCCAAAUUUAUCUGGUCUCGAUGUCGUGUGCCGCAAGUGUGGAGAAACACUUCGAAGAGGAACGGUGUAAAGAAAGCCACAAGAACCCCCGCCAGGGAUACGAAUUGCAUCAGCCUGACAAAGUUUUUUUCCGGGUAUCUGACCGUCGUGCUCCUCAUCUUCCAGCACUUCCUGUCCUUCCGCGUGCACGGUUUCGGGUGCUUCUCCGACUACAGCAUGAGCUGGUGCAACAACCACACGGAGGCAUCGUGCAUCCACGAUUACACCUUCUCCGUCUCACACUUCCAGCGCAAACUCGACGCCUACUACGACGAGGGCAAGCGUCCACCGCUACUGGAAGCCUACUUCAUGACCAAAACCCCGCGGAUCUACCAAAAGGAAGUGGUAUAGUACUUUUGUUUUGAGUGCUUGUCGCAAUGUGUCGCAUGAUGAUAUCGCUCCUAUUCCGAGAUUAUAGGCGCUCCAUUUUUGAUCUUUGUCUUUCCCUUACUGAAUCUUUUUCAGUUCCUCGAUUCCGACUGCGCGCCGCCGUUGAUCAUGGCUUUUCUCCUUGUGGCGGAAGCUCGGCUGGACUUUGACCCGAACGCGAUGGCGUACUUUGAAUUCGGUUUGCAGCAGUUGGAUUCCGUCUCCGCGGACCAAAAGUACCUGCUGGAGAACACCGACACCUGGCCGCUGAAAAAGGCGAUUAGUCAAAUCACGCACAAUAUCCUCUGCAAAAGUAUCGUACCUACGUAGUAAUUGCAGCCGUGCAUGACAAAUCCAAUUUUCUACCCGAACACGCAUUAAUUUCUCUUCGUGAGAAAGUUAUUUGUAAUGCACUUUCUACUAGUACACGUUAGUUUUGCAAUGCAUACACCAAGAGCAGUACAUUCUCCAGUUGCGCGAGCAACGGGAGGGCCAACUGAUUGUCGUGGAUUUUGUGAUGUGCCACUGCAAGGAGCCGGACCUGACGUGGAUCAAUGCGAAGCUGCGACCCGCACUGAAGGACGUGACGGCGCGGCUCUUUGUGUACGAGAAGUGCCACCAGGUCACCGCGGUAGAACCGUUCCAGGACUUGUUUCAGGAAAUCUACAUCAUCGCGACCCCGGAUCCCAGCUUCGUCGCGCGGGGCGACGAGUGCUCCGCCUAUCUGAGCCAUAUCACCUACCGGUAUAGAAGAAGUAGCUUCAGCUGGAACAGUUACUUGCACAAAAUUUGAAGUUCGUUGUUUAUCACUUUUGAUGUAGUGCAUGGUCUUGCAUGCUAUGCUGUGUGUUACUCUUGCUACUCCUGACGUCGACAUCACUUCCCGAAUAAGUAAGCGUUGUCGUCCAGGUACCACGAGCUGGCCGACUUCACAGUGUUUAUCCACAGCGACCCCGGGGACCACCUCCACUUCCCCUUUCUCUCCGUCGUGCUGAAGAGCAUUGGGUAUCGGACCUUCAAUCAGGACUUCAUGCACCUCAACGGUCCGCGCCACGUGCGCACCAUGACGCCCUGCAUCCAGGCCAUUGCCGAGCGCAUCUUCGGGCACAAGCUGGAGGGCACGGUCGGCCCCUACUGCUGCGCGCAGUUCAUCGUGUCGCGGGACAAGAUCCACUCCCGGGACCGGGAAUUUUACGCGAACAUGCUGACGAUGGUCAACGGCACGCUGCCGUACGACCUGUGCACGACGUCCCGAGUGGCCCGGAGCACGCACUGCUACGGCAUGGAGUUCCUUAUGACUCGCUCAAACGUUACAAUCUCAAACGUUACAGUAGAAUAUGGAAAUCUGUAAUGCGAGAGUGCAUGAUCUAGCCUACUCCCACAGGAUUGCGCAUGACAAGUUCUCGAGUCCCAAACCGCACUAGAAUCUGCAGAAAUUUGUAUUGCAGAAAGUGGAACGCUCUGCGAGUCUGUCAUGCGCGUCAUGCAAUUCAAAGUCCAGAUUCUAUUGCAACGUUUGAGAUUGUAACACCUGAGCGGGUUAUAUUCCUGUGGCACGUCGUCUGGGGCGAGAACGGCGACCCGCCCCUGCGCCUAUCAAAUGUAAAAAUGUCUGGGUCUGGAAGGAUGCGAACUUGUGAUGCUGCAGCUGGAUUCUACAAAAAUCUGCAGUGCAUGAACAGCAAAAGAGGUCCACUCUUUUCCAUUGCGAGAGGGCAUUUCUCAUGCGGUAUAGGCAUCAGAAAGCCCUCACAAAAUCUGUGAUGCCAGGGCAUGCAUUACAGACAUCAGGACUCAUGCAAAAUGUGCACGACAAACCUUGCAUCCUUCCAGACCCAGACACUUUUCCAUUUCAUAGCGCCAGGACGACACCAACUUGCCCACCGCGUUCCGCUUGAAAUACGGCGUGGAACACGAAAAGAACGAGUGGAACGACGUCGUGCUAUCUCCAAACGUAUUAUUUUUGCGAAAAUUUUUUGAUUUGCUUUUACUUGUUCCAGUGUCCCUCAUACUCGAUGCUCGUAUAAGUAUUUCGAGAAAUAUUAUGUCACUUUAAAGCUUAACCUUCUGUCUCCAAAAUCAUCAGGUUCCGAAAAAGAUUGUGACCAAGCAGGAGUGGGACGGUGAAAAGUUUGUGUAUCUCGCCGGGGGACCGGGGUCAGAGGAGCGGGGUGAUCUGGACCCACGGCCGGAGUGGACGGAAACCUACAUGAUAAAAGAUAAAGAGGACAAGGAGGGUAUUACAGUGAAAAGUGCCCCCCACCCCCAAAGUUGCAAAAGUUUGUGAUGCGAGGUUUCCAAAUGAAAACUUUUUGUCAUGCAUGAAAGGAAUAUGAAUCUUUCUGAUGCAGAUUCUGGUGGUGUUUCGCAUCGCUUGCAUGACAAGCACCGCUCUUGCUGGGAUCUUUUGCAAUACAAAUUUUUGCUAUUAACGAUCGGAAAUCUGUGAUGCUGAUACAUGCAAGAGGGCGAAUGUUUGAUUUGGAAAGGUUUGCAAUGCAAAUGCUUUAAAGUUCGGGGAUGGGGGCAUUUUUCAUUGCAAUAGAGGGAGAAGAGAAAGAGAACGCGGACGAGGAAGGCGCCGGGGAAGAGCCGGAGAAACACGGCCGGAUGGAAGCAGCGGCGUGA